AUGGCAGCCGCCAGCGCACACGUGCGGCCACCCCGAAGAGCAACACAAUUCCUUCGACAAUUUUUGCGACAUUUCCCAGCCCCAAUUCCCUUCCUACUCUGUGGUGACUUUAACCUGCAUUAUCUACUUUGGGAAUCGUUAUUGGACACCGGGCCAAGCAGGGUUGUUGUGGAAUUUUGGGAACAAUGUACGGAUAGGGGACCCGCUCCGCUAAAUACAACAGGUGCCACCAUGCACGCCCGCCGCUAUUGCGAGCGAUCCCAUAUAGGCCUAAUAUGGAGAAGGCCCCUUGUAGCACCAGACUGGACAGCAGACACCUCUACGCUUACCACCCAUCAUGUGAUUUCCUUUACAUUACAGCAAGACGACGCCAACCCAAGUGUAACUGGGAUUCCUGUAUCAGAGAUCUUAACUCGCUACUUCCAGCAUGCGGCCAUUACAAGUUGCUAUCUGGCGCUAAAACAUUUACACAUGCACCCGUGA